AUGAUUCCAAGUGAAGUACUGCCAAGACCAUGGCACACUGUGAGCGCAGACCUGUUCAAGGUAAAUAAUUUCUGGUACAUAGUUAUCGCUGACUAUUAUUCAAAGUUUCCAUUCGUGAAGAAGUUGAAUAAUCUAACAGCAACCACUGUAGUUAAUGUGGUUAGAUCAAUAUUUUCUGAGCAAGGCAUACCAGAAACUCUGAUUUGUGAUAAUGGAACCCAAUUCACUUCUGCCCAAUUACAAGACCUAGCUAAGAGAUAUGGUUUCAGAGUGGUGACUUCGUCACUGUACUACCCAAAGGGACCUGGCUUCAUUGAGAGACAGGUCCAAACUGUGAAGAUAAAAUACCACUAA